AUGGGUCAAACCACUUCUCAAAUUCCGGAACACGAACUCGAGCACUUGAGCAUUGAGAGUGGAUUAUCUCGCGGAGGAAUUCUGAAACUGUACAGCCGGUUCAUUUCAUUGGCAACUCAUCGAGACAAGACUACUAAUGAGUAUUUCCUCACUAAAGGAGAUUUUCAGUCUAUCGCGGAACUCAAACAAAACCCUCUUGGAGACCGGAUAAUCGACGCAUUCUUCGCUGAUGCUGAAGUCCUCGAGCGCCGUAAGGUCUAUUUCAAAGACUUUGUAAAAGUCCUGAGCCAUUUCCGUCCGAUUAACAAGAACAAACCGCAUCCGUGGAACAGCCGUGAAGCUAAGUUGAGAUUCGCCUUUACGAUGUACGACUUGAACAAAAGUGGCACCAUCACAAAGGACGAGUUCCAGGAUAUUUUGGAGAUGAUGAUCGGAGCAAAUGUACCAAAAGAGCAAGUCAACUCAAUCGCUGAUCGCACAAUGCGUGAAGCCGACAGAGAUGGAGAUGGAUACAUCACAUUCCAGGAAUUCUGCAAUGCAAUGGAGAAAACAGACAUUGAGCAGAAGAUGUCGUUCCGUUUCUUGACAUAA